AACUUCUCAUUUAUUUGGAUAAAUUUCACACGGGAGCAGUCGAAACACACGACCAAACGACCGUGGGUAAAAUAUCAGUUAAAAUAUUUCGUCUGCUGUUCCCACGGUCCGCGCGUGUUCAUCACGCGCUGUGCACAAUCUACAUUUCGUCUGCAAAUUUUUAACUUUAACUCAGAACGAGUUUCAAAAGUUUACUAAGAAUCGUUUUUAAAUAUCGGCUUUAUUAAAAUUAAAAUUCAUUGACCAGUGUCACAAACUGACUCGGCGUGCGUGAUACACUGUAAAUAUCGAUUUUAACCAAUGUCAACGGUAUCGACAUAUCGAUUAGUUGCCAAAAGAGCGUCUGCAUGAGAAGUGCGGGAAAUCUUAUAGAACCAAUGAACGCGCGUGUGUUCAAGCGCUCUCAGCCAAUUAAAUAAUACCAGCGUCUUGUCGUCUGCAGUGUAAUUGAAAAUUAACAACAGAGGGGCGGGUUCAGAUGCUGGGACUGGGGAUGCUUUAAUUCUGGAGAACGUUGUACCUCGUGUCAGUCGUGUUUAAGACCGUUGGUCAGGAAAGGUGCUACUAACGGAUACCGGAUAAGUGGUCACGAGCCGGAUAUAUUUUUUAUUUAACAAUUUUUGUUAAUCACCGCAACGUCUUUCCGUUUGGGAAAAAAGGACUUAACCAUAAUGAAACGCAGUUUAAGCCAUAGUGAUGAUGAUGAUGAUUUUGACGAGAGGUUGAAGUCAGGAUCACCUUCACAAAGUUGUCAGAUUACGGACAGAAAGAAAAGACGAGGGGUUAUAGAGAAACGUCGUCGGGAUAGAAUAAACAACAGUCUUUCAGAGCUCCGGCGACUUGUACCGUCGGCAUUUGAGAAACAGGGGUCAGCUAAAUUAGAGAAAGCGGAAAUAUUACAAAUGACUGUAGAUCAUCUGAAAAUGCUCCAUUCAAAAGGUGUUAAUGGUUACAAUUUUCCUGAUCCUCAUGGUCUCGCUUUGGAUUACAGAAGUAUUGGUUUCCGGGAAUGUUUGGCGGAAGUUGCUCGUUACCUCAUGACAGUUGAAGGCAUGGAUUUACAGGAUCCACUACGGUUACGUCUCCUCAGUCACUUGCAAUGCUUUGCAACGCAACGAAUGCCUUCUGUUAAAUCAUCUUUUCAAAACUCAACUUGGAACUCGAUGACGUCACAUCCGUCUAUGAACUCGUUAAAUUCAAAUCAAUAUUCCGGAAAUGGAAUGUCUUCCAUGACAACUAUGCUUCAGUCACAUUCCGGCCAAUCAGACCAGCUUACUAUGUCUUCCCAUGAUUCUCUCCCGGGAGUACCUUCAGUAACAUUCAGUGAUUCGCGAAUUAGCCAAUCAGAAAAUUCUUUACAUAAUUCCAUGAGGAUUCCUCCGCCACCGACAAUGGGCACACACAGUCACAUGACGUCGAUGACGUCAAACUCUGGACAAUCAUCAUUGCUUAAUCAGCAGAUUCACUCACAGUUUCCUAUGCUUAAUAUGAACUCAAUGAUGUCACCAAACAGCGCACAAUCAUACAACGCGGCAGCGGGAAAUUUGAACCAACUUGGCUCAGUAAAACCAUACAGACCGUGGGGCUCAGAAAUAGCGUAUUGACGUCAAUGUUUCUAAGCUGAAAUAAGUUAAAGUGCAAUAACUAUGUAUGUAAAUUUUGUUUAUAAUACAUUUGAAACAUUCCAGAGGGAUACUUAUAAAACGUUACUUGUAAAUAUCCGAGGGACGAAAUGGAAACAUAGUGUUAUUUUAACUGAAAUUCGGUUUUCAAAUGGAUUUACAUUUUUUGCUGUUGUCGCUUUUUAUAAAAAGAAAUAUCUUUCAAAAAAUUGUUUACGUUCAUAAAACAGUUUUUAAUUUAUUCAAAGUAGAAAGGCAUAUCAAUAUAUUUAAAUCUUUUGUUUGUAGACAACCGAGCAGAUAAUUCUUCACUCGCAGUGUUAUGUGAAAUCUGUAUAAUUAUUUAUCUUUUACAUGAAAUAGAAUUAAAAUAAAAACGCAUUUAACCAUGUUUUUUUUAUAGAUAUAUAAAACAAAUCUUUGCUCAGAAUAUUUUCACUUAUUAUAUUGUUUUUGUUGCCAUGAGAAACAUAUCAUAUCUGUACGUGUAUCUAAAUCUAAUGAACGUUUUUUUAUGUCAUAAUAGGGGCAAUGACGUACAUAAUUUAAUAUCAAAUAAUUUGUGGAGAAAAAAAAUCAUUUUUUUUUCUUUUAAAAAGGCGAGCAAGCCAUUUUGAAACAAUUUUGUAGUUAAAGUCUACAGAUCGCAUGGAGUGAAACAAAGUCGAACUGAAAUUUAUUGGAACAUAUGUGAUGUAUCACGCAUUAAUGAUUGAACUCCAAAAUACGUUGUUAUCAAAUUAGUUUUAAGGGGUUUUUCUUUAUAUUUUCAAAUGAUUAUUUAACUGGUUUUUUUUCCAGACUUUAUUAAAUAUAUAUGAAGGGUUUACGAAUUAAACUAAGAAUUGUAUGUAAUCAAGAAUGUAUAUAAUGCAUACCCUGACCUUAUUAAGUUAUUCAAUUUUAAAGUCCAUUUAUACUUCGAUACAGGCGUUGCUUACACAAUUAUUAUUAUAAAGUAACUACAAAAUGUGAAAACAAGAACAUUUUAAGGUCUUGUUAUAUGAUAAAAUUAAAUGUUACUUCAGAAAUAAGGUAUAUACCAUUCUUAGAACUGAAUACGUUAAUUGUUUUAUUUAUUUCUUUUCUAGAAAGUUUUUCUCAGUUCUAAUUUAUUAAAAUUAUAAGUAAGACAAGACAUAAAUACUUGAUCUGGUACAUGUAUUAAAUUUGGAUAACAUUCUUAAAUUGUGUCUGUGCUUGCAUUCGUAUUGGCUUUGCAGAUAUUUUCACAUUAUUCUAAAAUUAAAUAUGACAGUUUAUGCAAAAAAAUAUGUUCAUAUGUUAUAUUUAUGUUUGUUUACUUAUUCAAUAAUGAAUGCUAUGCAAACUAUGUGUAAAAUAACAACGAAAUGGAUCAAGGGAGACAAAUGCUGUAUCGAUUUUAGUACAGUACGUUUUGUAUUAGCUCCCAUGUGCACAUCCGAUGUAAGUGAACCACUGUAAAUAUUCUAGUCAAAAGCGAUUGUUAACAUUUGCUGGCCAUGUUUUCUUUUAUCUGUAUAAAUAUAACUAUGCACCUUUUUUAAUAUUUUUAUUUUAUUAAAGUAAGUAUUUUUUUAUAAUUCAAUCACCUACCGAUUUGUUGAACAAAACUGAAUAACAAUCUUUUUUAUCAUCAUUUUUUAUUUAUAAAUGUUUAACAUCACAAAAAGACUUACUUAGUGCAUACCUAACUUUUUAUGUUCUUUUUUAUUUUUAUUAUUUGUUUAACUUUUUGUUUAUUGUUAUUUUUUACCUGAACACCUUGCAAUGUACAUGUAUUCUACCAUUUCAAAAGUGCUUUAUUUUCAAAUAAAUGUGAUAU